AUGGAGCGAGUGAAGACCCGUGUCAAGCGGUUGUGGCACCGCCAGCCCCAGGCGCGGUCCCCCCAUAGCGUUACCUUCCCGCAAGAGUGCUAUGACCCUCCCAAGUGGUACGCGCCUCCACAAAGUUAUUACCCCCCGGUGAUGGUCCCGUGUCCACCAAUCCAAUCCGAACGAGUAGCUGCUCGUGAAGGAGCCUUACACUCAUUAGACCCUCGAGAAAAUACCGAUGCCGACGUCUAUCCUCAAACAAAGCCAUUGCCCAAGUGUCCAGACCUGAAAACCAAUCGUCCCCGCGCCAUUCCACUGUUUGCUAAUAAGCGGUACAGCCACCACAUCACCAUCAACGACGUUUACGACCAUGCUGAUAUCCAAUUGGAAUUACCAGCAGCAGUUCGUGAACUGGUGGGAGUAUGGGCUCGCCAGCUUUGUCAAGAAUUAGGCAAUAGCUGUCGCGAUCUGACAAUUUAUGAAGUUGACGAUACCAAAAUAGGCCUGCCAGUUGAGGUAGUAAUUACUAUGAGUUGCAUCGGCUACCCUGGUCUUAACCCCCGAGGUUAUUUCAGAGUGAUUAAUACUUACGAUCAUCGGGCUGCUUUAAUCGCCGUACGCGAGGUCGUCCAAUCAAUGCCCUCAUCGCAAUUACUAUACCUCGAUGAAAUCAAUAUCAACUAUAUGAAUGGUAUCAUCAGCAAUGCCAACCGAAUGGCAAUUUGCCACGUUGACCCGCGCCAGUGGAUGGUGGGUGGUGGUCAAACGCGUCAGUGGAGAGAUGGCUACACGCCAAAGGCUCGCCUGGAACACAACCUGGCGGAUUACCCCGGCUACGAUAUCUCCUACACUGGCAGCACUGACAAUUCCAGUAUGUUUUCAAACGUUUAUGGCGACGAUAUCGAGCUGGUGUGCCACCUGCUGGUGUAUCUGGAGUACUCGUAA